AUGGACCAGUCAAAUAAUGCAGCUGAAGUGAAGAACACUGGUGGUCCUGUAUUGACCGAGUCUCUGGAGGUGUUCUGGGAUGAUCCUAUUGACGAGGACCCUGCCAAUCCGAUGAACUGGAGCAAUGGCCGCAAAUGGUUGACAGUUUUUAUGGUUUCAUUUGUUACUUUCCUUACUCCCCUUGCGUCAUCCAUGAUAGCGCCAGGAGUCCCCGAAAUUUUGGCACAUUUCAACUCCACUUCCACGACUCUGUCAUCGUUUUUGGUGUCUGUAUAUAUCCUCGGGUUUGCGUUCGGUCCCUUGAUAAUUUCACCAAUUAGCGAGUACAGCGGUCGUUCCGCGGUCUACAACGUCUGCAAUGUUUUGUUUGUCGUCUUCAAUAUCGCUAGUGCCCUGGCCCCGAAUAUAGAGGCAUUGAUCAUAUUCAGGUUUCUGGAUGGGUUUGUGGGCGUUGGGCCGAUGACCUGUGGCAGUGGGACAAUCGCCGACUUAAUGAAGGCUGAGUAUCGGGGACGUGCUAUGGCAUUAUGGUCGCUGGGCCCCCUUUUCGGUCCUAUCAUCGGACCGGUUGUUGGGGGAGCUAUUCUCGAGGUGAUGGACUGGCGUUGGCUAUUCUGGAUUCUUUCUAUCGUGUCUGCGGUAUCAACGGUUGUCUUUUUCUUCGUCGUCGCAGAAACAUAUCCGCGGACAAUUCUCGAAAAGAAGGCUUCCAAGUUACGUAAAGAGACGGGAAACCCAGCCUAUAGAUCCUCUCUUGAUACAGGGGCACCUCCCCGCCAGCUCUUUCUGCAGAGCUUGGUCAGACCGUCAAAAAUGCUUCUUUGCUCUCCCAUUGUGGCAGCAAUGUGUAUAUAUGUUGCUGUCCUGUAUGGUCUGCUUUACAUCCUGUUCACUACCUUUGCCGAGGUCUUCACAGGCCAGUAUCACUUCUCUGCUCUCGGAAGCGGACUUGCUUUCAUAGGGAGCGGCAUUGGAAUGCUUCUCGGCCUCGCCUAUUCUGCCUCAUUGAGUGACCGCAAGCUAAAGGUCAAACUUGCACUCAACCAAGAAAUCCAGCCAGAGGAUCGAUUGCCUUGGUACCUCGUCAUCCCCGGUAGUUUAGCAAUACCCGCCGGUCUCUUCAUAUAUGGCUGGGCAAUUGACGAGGACGUCCAUUGGGUUGUUGCAGAGCUUGGCAACGCUGUAACAGGAUAUGGCAUGAUUGUCAUCCUGAUGUGCGUGCAGACGUACCUGGUCGACGCAUUUACGGCAUAUGCUGCUAGCGUCAUUGCUGCAAGUACAGUUUUGCGGUCUUUGCUGGGUGCACUUCUUCCUUUGUGUGGCUUGAAUUUAUACAUGGCAAUAGGAUACGGCUGGGGAAAUAGUUUGCUGGCGUUUAUCGCACUGGCGAUGACGCCGAUACCCUGGCUCCUUCAGCGUCAUGGAAAAUAUUUGCGGACUCGCUUUGAGAUUAAGUUGUAG